GAGAAGAGCAAUUAGCUUGGGAAAAUGGCAGAAGCGGUUUUCCGUGCCCCAAAGAGGAAGAGAAAAGUAUAUGAGCAUUAUGAGUCUCCAUUUCCGAUCCCUUUCGGUCAGGACCACAUUCCUAAGAAAGAAUUCCAAGUGUACCAUGCUGAAAUGAUGGACAACAAUGUAAUUGUGAGGAAUGCAGAGGCUAUUGAGCAGCUGUAUGGGAAGGGUUAUUUUGGAAAAGGUAUUCUGUCAAGAAGCCGUCCAAACUUCACAAUUUCAGAUCCUAAGCUGGUUGCUAAAUGGAAAGGUAAACUUGUACAUCAUUCAGUUCUUGUGGCAAAGUAUCAUUUCCUUUCAUUUUUGAUCUUAUACCUCAGGUUACAUAGUAAAAUUCUAGAGGAAGAGUAACAUGCUCACUGGCACCA